CGGGGCGAUUAAGAGACUCGUCUCAAUUUUGGCUUGACGUGAUCACAUUUGCUUUGUAAUACAAGUCGCUUCGUUUAGAGAAAGGGAGAAAGGGGUCAAUGCCAUUUUUCAUGCUACGAUAGCCUCUGGUAUAGUUUCUUUUUCUGGGUAUUUUUUUUUUUUUUGGGGGGGGGGGUUUUCCUUCACCUUUUUUUUGCGGUCUAUUUGCCUUUUUUUUUCUUUUAGAAUUUUGCCGGGAACAGAAAGAUUGAGGAAUAUGGAAACAUGCCUGGGCAACAUAUGGGCGAUGGCAACAUCGUGAUCAAGGAGGUCAACAGGACAGCAUAAUGGGCAGGAUUUUGUACAAAUGCAACGGAUUGAUAUUUCUGGCGAGAUUUUAGUAGCUGAAAAAAAAUUGUGAAUACAUGAAUCUCAAAGCAGGCAAAAUAGUUGAUUAGAUAUGGUCGAUGGAUAAGCAGGAUGAGGAGUCGAGGAGUAACAAAUAGGAAAACGUAGCCUUUUCUUCUCCCAAGUAAGGAGUGCAAAAAAAGCAGAAGAAAGGAAAAGAGAGAGAAUUCAAGAAAAUUCAAAUACCCACGAAGUAGGUGGAAAGAAAGCAAAGGCGUUACAGCCAGUGUCGACAUCUGGGCGGUCAGACGAACGCAGCUGACAUGAGAUUUUGGACCUCUGCCACCCAAAGUUUGGCGCUCAUGCUUUUCCACACCACUGGCCUCUUCUCUUCCUCACACACUCUCCAAAUUCCUUUUCCAUUGAAGCAGCUGAUUCUUGUUGAGUGUUACGAUUCGAAUCUAUCCUACUUCUGUUUAUGGGUCGUCUCUACUUCUCUAGGAGUUUUUGCAGUUUACAUGUUCUUUGACAAUCUGGCCGUUCGUGCUUGUCUCCGACUUCGCGUUUGCUUUAUCGCAUGCUAACAUAGAAUUAGCAUCUAAUUGACGGCUAUUCUGAACUAAUCAUCUAUUGCUAUUGUCACCACCAAUAUGCCUAAGAAGGCGGGCCCUUCGCUCCUCUGCGAGUGGAUGGUCGGCACGAGUAUUCAAUCCGCUCUCGGACCUCCUCCUAAACCGCCAAAGCCCAAGCCUAGACCAAAGAAGCGCGAUCUGAUCAAGCUUCAUGUGGCAACAGAUGACGAAUCCGGUGAAGAUACCCUCACAAUCACAUACCCUCGAUCAGACCGGCUUGACCAAAGCAAGGAAGCACCGGCUGCAGUGCCUGAGCCUGCCGCUCCAGAGCCUGAGCCUGAACCCGAGGUAGUCGAAGUAGUGAAAAGGGUUCGAUUCGAGAAAGAACCCGCUUCAGCUGCAGCUACAAUGCCGAAGAAAUCCGCCAUGAAGAAGAAGACUUUGGUGACUUUCUGUGAAGAAGAAGAGACGUCAGAUUCAGGUGGAGAUGCUGCUUCUACCUCUGCUUCUUCAGGGGAAGCGACUCCAGAGGCUAGUUCUUCCAAUGAAAGCUCUGCUGCCGACACGUCUUCAGGUGGAGAAACUUCGUCUGACGAAUCAUCCAAGCCGUCCAAAGCGCCGAGGACAAAGAAAUACUCCAAAAGCAGGAAAAUAGAGAAGCCAGUCCAGAGUUCAGACAGCGAGGCAGACUCUGAUCCUCACCCUACAUGCAAAUGCAAAGAGUGUACC